AUGGAGGCCAUCGACAGCGACGCGUACAAGAAGGCCAAGGAAGCCUUCGUCUCGGGCAACAAUGGCACGACGAUGGGCGAGAUCGCGCUCAUCCUCUCGAUCCUCUCGACGAGCAUGUGGUUCUACAACGAAGUCGUGUUCGUCCUCGAGCGCUCGGGGCUUCUCGCCGGCUCCAAGCUCCAGCGCACGGCGAUCCUCUUUAUCAUUGAGUUUACCGUGCUCGUGUUGCCCAUUUUGAUCGGCUUUACGUUCACCGAGUACUCGCUUCCGAUCACUGUCUUCUUUGGCGUCUUCUCGGUCAUCCUUGGUGUGCUCUCUUGGAAGCACGCCAACGAGCCAAUUCAAAAGCUCGCGCGCAACGAAAAGCUCACGCUGCUCAACGGCAAGGAGAACCCCGCCGUGACGUGCUUUCGCGCCCAAAUGAUGGUGUGCACCGUCGUCGCGAUUCUGGCCGUCGACUUUACCAUCUUUCCCCGGCGCUUCUCCAAGACCGAGACCUUUGGCGUGAGCUUG